AUGGCAGCAAGUGGAGGAAGACGGUUGGGGUCCAACCCAGCUGGAAAACAAUCCGGACGAUCCAAGAUAAAUAUUCACAGAAAGAACACCUUGGGCGGAAUUAUGUCCCCACUGAACCUUCGAGAGGUGUUGAGAAUGGUGACUUGCAAGACGUUGGUCGGGAGUUAUGAUGCCCGUUUUAUGAUCAAAGCAAGGACGUAUGCUUACGAUGGCCGAGGGAUCUACCCGGUCAUGUCUGCUUCGGAUAUCGGUGAUGCUCUGGAAGCUUUGAAAGGAAGGUCCUGGUAUGCUGAGAAGUGGGCAAACUUUAUGGAACUUGCAGUAAUGGUUGUGAAGACCGAGAAUACACCGUCAGAAGGAGGCAAAGGAAGAAUUGCGUAUUCGGCAGUCGAAACCAUCCAUGAAGAUAGCGUUUGCAAGCUAGUUUAUGCUCCUCCGCGAAAUGAUUCCCAAGAUAUUCAGCAACGAGCACAGCAGCUCGCACGUAAAGCUGUGGGGAACCUGUGGGGAAAGGGCGUGUUCGGCGUUGAACUCUCCCUGAUGGGCGAUGGCCAACUGACCGUCAAUAAAUCGCACCCCGACCUCACAGCUCGGGGGGACAUUACACAAUCGAGGCUUGCCCCACACUCUCACAAUACAAGUCCCAGCUCCUCUCCAUCCUCGGUACCUUGCCAACAUUUCCAAAACUCCACUAUAACCGGUAUGUCUGCUAUAGCAGUAAUGCUCAAUAUCCUCGGUGGCGCCUCGAAAGGUUCGCACAACGGACUCAUGAAUUAG